AUGAGGAGGAGGCAAACAGAGCCAAGGGCAGAGAUUUCAGCAGUACCAAUACCUGCAAGGACAGAGGGAAACUUGGGAGCAAUAGACCCAAAAGUGAUAAACCUGUCAAGUAGGCCAUUAAAUGCAGCUGAAAUAAAGUUAUUAUCAAAAGGAUUAAAAUUCACACCAACACCAAGUAAUUCUAAUCUUCAGGAAUUAUCUAAGGAUAUUAAGGAAUAUACAAGAAAAUUAAGACUAGCAGAGUUUUUUCAUAAGGAUGACGAAGACGAAAACACGUCUGAAAGUGAUCUUGUAAGGAACAAAUCAAAUUUUAAUCCAAAGAAAGGAAGGAACAGUCUCCUUGACACUGUUUGUAAUACGCUGCAAAAUAUACCUUUAAGGAAUGAAAAAAUUAAUACAAGAAGUAAUUUACGAAAAGAAGAAGAAAAGGCUGUUCAAUCACUGACAAACGAUUGUUCAAUCGUAAUCAAAGAAGCAGACAAGGGAGGUGCAGUAGUGAUUAUGAACACAGAAUACUACAAAUCAAAAAUAUUACAAAUGCUCAAUAACAGCGAGUUUUACGAUGAAAUAUCAGAAAACAGUGACAAAAAGACAAUGCGAAAAAUCAAAAACUUGAUAAAGAACCACAACACAACGUCCUGUUUAACAGAUAAAGAAGAGGACUUCUUAAUAAAUUUUGAUUUCAGAGAAAGUGCAUUUUAUGGACUUCCUAAGAUACACAAGUCUAAAACAAUAAAGGAAGCGAUUAAAAUACAAAACUCUGCAUAUGUUACAUGUAACGAUCCGGAAGAUCUCACAUUUAGACCUAUCGUAGGUGGACCCAAUGCUCCUACACAAAGGCUGAGUCAUCUUAUGGACAUAUUACUGAAACCUUUAUGCUUAGAAGUAAAAAGUUAUGUUCGUGAUGAUCUGGAUUUUCUGAGACAUCUACCUGAAAAUGUUAGUCAUAAUGCCAAACUAAUCACAAUGGAUGUUACCAACCUGUACACUAAUAUUACUACUGAUCUUGGUGUCAAGGCGCUCGAAUACUGGAUUGACAAAUAUCCACAAAAAAUUAAUGCGCGUUUCAGCAAAGACUUCAUCUUAGAGGCGAGUAAGAUAGUAUUGCAAAAUAAUACUUUCUCCUUUAGCGACAAGCAUUAUGCACAAAAGAAAGGAACAGCAAUGGGAACGAAAAUGGCCCCUACGUAUGCCACCCUCACACUAGGAUAUCUAGAAGAAAAGAUGUAUGAAAGAACAACUCGGUACUUUGACCAACAAAUUACAGAAAAUAUAAAGAACAAUUGGAAAAGAUACCUCGAUGAUUGUUUUAUAAUUUGGAAUGACAGCGAUGCGAAUCUAGCAGCUUUCCUAAAUAUUAUGAAUGAUCUAGAUCCUGACAUCAACUUCACAAUGGAAGAAAGUUUACAAAGUAUUCCAUUUUUGGACGUCUUAAUUAAAAAGGAUGGAGAAUGUCUUUCGACAGACAUAUACUACAAACCGACGGACACACAUCAAUACCUUCAUUUCAGUUCCUGUCAUCCUAGCCAUACAAAACGCUCGAUCCCGUACAAUUUAGCUAGAAGAGUCUGCACAAUAGUUAGCGACGAGAAAACAAGAGAUAAACGUCUAAAUGAAUUGAAAAAGUAUUUACUUGAACAAUGUUAUCCUUCCGGAAUCAUUGAGGACGGGAUAAAAAAGGCCACAGAAAUCGAUAGAGAAACACUUAUUAAUUCCUCAAAUAGUGACAAUCCGGAUACCUCAAUAUUACCGCUUGUAACUACCUACAAUCCGAGGAACAGGAAUAUUACCCCUACAGUGCGUCACCUCAACAACCUUCUACAGACCGAUGAGAAAAUGUCCAAAGUGCUGGAAAAAUAUAAAUUCAUCAACA